AUGUCUAGCAGGAGAUCAUCAUCAUCAAGAGCUUCAACAAUGUCUGAAGAUGAGAUUAUCACUGACCUCGUCCUGAAACUACAAGCUCUUCUACCGCAGCUUAAUCCGAGGAAGCCCUCAAAGGCACAGGCAUCGAAGGUGUUGAAGGAGACAUGCAGCUACAUCAGGAAGCUGGAGAAAGAGGUGGAUGAUUUGAGUGGAAGGCUGUCCCAGUUGCUGGACACCAUUGAUCCCAACAAUCAGGAUUUUGAUUUGGACUCCAUCAGAAGAAGUUUACUACAGAUCUGA